GCGCUUGGUCCUCAACCACCACCAAGAUCACCAUUACUGAAUUCAUAUCUCAACAAGAUCCUUUGUUCGAGGAAUUGUUGCGAACGGGAUCCAGUGGCAACUUACUAUCGUUUCAAUCGGUGUGCCACUUCUUCGCCCAGCCGCAUUACGCGAUUCAGACCCAAAUACAUACUCAUUAUCAGCCACAGGAAUUGAAUUCUUGCUAGUGUUCCAGCUUGGAGGGAAGAAGAUACAGCGCGGCGGAUCUCAAGCAACGAGUGUGUCAUUUAGUAGACUACGAUGUUUGGGGAACGCUUCGACGAUAUCUCGCCGGAUCUUCAACGACCAAUCUUGUGCCAAAGGUGUCAAAGUGUAACAGAUGUCCCCGAUGUUCGCCUAUUCCGCACAGUCGAACCUCGAUUUCUCCGUAACGACUACGUACCUUCCGUGGUUGAGAUGUCGGAGUUGAAAGAUGUGUUGGAGAAAGGAAACAGGGAGCUCAAGCGUUAUGAAGAGGAUAUAGCAGUGUUGCGACAAACACUUGAGCGGUUGGAAAACACAAAGAGUGCUGUGGAGAACACGACCAGGCAGUGUCGGGCUGCCAUUUCUGCGCAACGAAGGGUACCCGUGGAGAUCUGGGAGAUGAUUUUCUCCAUCAUAUGCUUGUCGCUUUGCGAAUAUUCAUUCGACGUUGACUACUCGGAUUCUCCUCUCCUUGGACUUCCUACCACCAUUGUAUCUCAAGUCUGCUUCCAUUGGAGGACGAUUGCUAAGUCAUCGCUCAAGCUUUGGUCUUCCAUCGACGUCAAUCUCUCCAACCCGUCAUAUAACGUCGCUUUACCUCUUGAGGUCUAUUUUUCGAACUCGAGGGAUUAUCCUUUGAAACUACGAAUUGAAGGCGAUGGACCUAUCACAGCCUCGCCAUACUGUGUGAAUUUAUGGAAAUCAUUAUCCAGACACAUGCACAGAAGCCGGGAACUUACCAUGGCGAUGGAGGACUGGGGAGAUAUUGGAGAUCUCCCCCCUGUCCAACGACUGACCUUUCCUAAUCUUGGAUUCUAUUGCGAAGAAAUUACCCCGCCCGAUGAAUUAGUCUGGCCCUGGUUCUGGCAAGCCAUUCGGAAGUCAACAAAACUCGCCGUGGUCUCUAGCUUCAUCGUAAAUCGUGUCUUACGUGCCAUACCCUUUUCUCAGCUGACAAAUUGGGACAUUCAUUGUAUCGAAUGUUGUGAUGACGUGGAUGACUUCCUCGAUGUUGCACAGAGCUGUACGGCCCUCAAAUCCCUUACGUUGUCGGACAUCUUGAGCCAUGAUGUUCCCGAUUUCCCUGUGGCUGCUCGAGAGGUCAAGCUACCCUCCCUUCGUCAAUUAUCAAUCACGACCGAUGUGGACGAGUACAGCUGGUUAGCCGCUAUCUUUGGCUCCCUCGACAUGCCCUCUCUCGAAACAUGCGAUAUCAGCCAUUAUGCAUGGCCUCUACCUUCUGAGUUACUCGACAUGGUUCGACGAUCCUCGACUUCGCUCAAACAGCUAAGGCUUACACUAUUGGACGGAUGGGAUGCAUGCUCAUCAAGCGAUCCACUUCUGCUUGAUAUCUUGCAAGCUGUUCCCAGAUUGACUGAUUUGGAGUUGGCCGUGGGCGAAGUGCCGAUUGAGAAAAUUCAGCCCUACACAGCAUUUAUCGACGACAUGAUCUCCGCCCUCCUUUCCAAAUUCGAAGACGAACCUCCCGACUUUUUUCUCCCACAACUUCAUUAUUUCUCUCUCGUAGUUCCGUGUGCCACACUGAACACGGAACUUGUGAAGCGCGUAUUGGAGGUGGUGUCUGCAAGGCAGGGUACAUCCCAUCCUUUGACGCAGUUUCACUUGGUGCGUCGUUCAGAUUAUGGGGACAAGUCGCAGUUCAAGCCGGAGAGAUUUGUCAUGGAACGAGAGUUGCUGGAAAGGAUAAGGAUGCUUGAUGAGGGUCGUGUCAAGGUUGUUAUUCAGGACGACGACCCUUGACCGCGUAAUGUACAUAGUAGCUUGGUUUUCGUCGUCAGGGAAGCGAUUCGUCAAUCGUAAUAUUAUUUCAGAUUUCAGAUAUAGUAGCUCCAAAGUUUGUAUUAUGUAGAUCACUUUAUUUUACAAUAUACAUAGCCCCGUUUUAUCCCC